UUUUCUCGCCGCGCCGCAGGUUUUUCCGCCGCGUCAGUACAUUUGCCGAGCUUGUGUGUGUGCGACACGCUCACACGCAUCUCUCGAGCUUUUCUCCCCAGUGUCCGUGUGUGUGUGUGUGUAUGGAGUUUCUUUCGCUAUUUUCUCCGUGUACUUUUUUCUCUCGUUUCUAUCUCGCGUAUAAUUAAAUAGCGUUUGAUAAAUGAUUUUGGUGGGCGAUGUGCUCGAUCGAGAGAGUAGUGUCAUCGAGUUGUGCUGUGAAGUUUGCGCGUCGAUGUAUACACAAGUAGUGUAUAUCGCAAUAGACUCGCAUCGACGAAAGAGGAGUUAUUAAUAAUACACGUGGUGGCGUUCCUCGGCAGCGACGCGCGGGCCUCGAUGCAGAAUCGUGCGCGUGUGCAACCACACAAGUGCCAGUGCGUGAGAAAAAAAAGUGUUUACGAAGCACGAGUGACAAGUCGACGAGUUUUCAUCGAGUGCCGUGAAGCUUUUUUGUGAGUGAAGUGAGAGCGUAGCGAGUAGUCAUGACGCUCAAGGGCCAGUCCAAGAAAAAGAAGAAAAACAGCCAGGAUAAGCGGAGCAGUAGAAAUAAAAAAGCAGUGUCCUCGUCCUCGUCGGAGCCGGUCUCGGACGAAGUCUGCACCAGCGAAGAUGCAGAUUUGGCCGCUGCCGUUGCUGCUGUUGUCGUUAGCGACGCGGAGCCGAAGCAGGAAGAGGGGCAAGAGGAGGAGGAAAACAUCAAAGCCGAAGCCGAGGCGCCACCGCCACCGCGUCUCGAGCGCCGUAGCUCGCUGCGCCGCAAGCUCGGAGCGCUGAUAAAAGCGAGCGCGGACUUGCCCGCGGCGAUCAAUCGCGGCCUGCAGCCCAUCCGACGGAGCAUGAGCUUCGGCAAGGAUCUCGACAAGAAGCCGCCGAAGCAGCACAGUGAUGGUAGCAGCAGUCACAAAGCCAAAGUCUCAGCGACGUCGUCGUCGUCGUCGUCGUCGUUGCUGUCAGUAGCGCAGCAGCCUCAGCUGCAAGCACAGACGCAGCCACAGCUACAACAACACGCUCAUAAUAGAGCUCGCUCGAUGCUCUGGUAUCACAGUCUGAGCUCGUUAGUCGAGCACAAUAACGAAGGAUUGGCAUGCUCCGAGGACUAUGACGACGACGCGUCAUACGUCUUUUACGAGGACGCGAAAACUGCCGCCACUGAAAAGAAUGAGUCAGUUGUUCGAAGACGGCCACACUCUGUUUAUGAAAUCCCCUUCACGCGUCACAGCGAUCAUUAUGACUCUUCUAUAGAUUUAAGUAGGCCUCCGUGCGAGGCCAUCAGUCUUCCUGUUCUCACUGAUGAGAUUGAUGGAAAUGAAAAUGAUCAGUCUGCUAAAAGUCACAGAUGGAUGGAGCAACAGGUCAAGAAUGGCAGUAGGGACAACUUGAGCGGGAGCACUCGAAAUCUCUCCGUGUUACGCGGCUUUGGCUUCAAGAGCAAAAAGCGCAAUGACAGUGUGUCGGUGCGCUCGCGAUCGUUGACGCAGCUGGACGCGCUCGGCUCGAGCAUGCUCGACGCCGGUGCCGAGCAGCAGACGCUCGGCAGUGGAUCGUCCUCGUCGUCGUCGCCGCAGCAGCAGCAGCAGCCGCAGCAGCAGCGGCAACAGGCCCAGCAGAGUCCACACCAUCAUCAUCAUCAGCUGCAUCAUCAUCACUCGCAAACCUUCGGCGAGCCCGCGUCGUCGUCGUCGUCGACUCGCUUCCUGGUACCGAGCGCCGCGUCGGCCGACGGCACGGGUCGACCCAACAGGACCAGACACAAAUUGUCCAGAUCCCAAGUAUCCAGUAGCGAAUAUUUCAGCGUCAGCUUCGAGGUGGGAGACGAGCAAUCCAGCAUAGAUCGCGAGGAAUUUUUGCCCGCCACCAAAGGAGCAUAUCUCGCGGACAUAUUGAGCGCGGCCUGCGAGCGCAGGGGCAUAGAUUUGUCACGGGUCGACGUGCUGCUCGACACCUUCUCGGCGCCGCUAUCUCUUCACACGACCGAAACCUCCUGCCUGGGCGGCAAACAUCUACGUAUAACUGCCAAAGAUGAAAAAUCGACCUCCAGAUCGGGUAGCCAGCGAAGCAGCCAGAAUGUCUCGCUGCGAAAAACCGGAGGGAGCUACAGGGGCCGAAGCGGCGGCCGAUUCUUCAGCGUGUCCACCGAGGACUCGAGCGUCGACUCGGAGGUGGGUUCGGCGGCCGCGGCCGCGGCAGCCGCCGCCGCCAUCACCAAGAGCAGCGCCGGCGCGGGCGCCACCAGCUCGUCGUCCGCCGCGUCGGCGUCGAGCGGCCUCAAGGCCAGCAAGCAGCGCUGGAGCGGCUUCUUCACCAACACCAAGGGCACGAAGAUGGAGAUGCUGGUCGAGCAGCUGAACCACUACACGAAGCACGGCGUGCCCAAACUGCCCGAGCACCUGCAGCCCCACGAGCUCGCCUUCAGCGACGACGCGCUGUUCAGCCUCGAGGCCGAUUGGCGGGACAUCGUGGAGGGCUCGGAAAUGCUGAGCGAGAAGCAGCAGCAGCAGCAGACGGCCCUCUGGGAGCUGGCGCAGACCGAAGCGGCUUACAUUAAAACGCUGAAAGUCGUGACCGACCUGUUCAUGGCCUGCCUGUGCGGCCUGCAAGCCUCGAACAUCCUGGUGGAGGUCGACCGCACCAAGCUGUUCAGCAACAUAUCGGAGAUCUACGCGGCGAAUCGCGAGUUCUGGACCGAGUGCGUGUACGCGAUGCUGCACGAGGCCCGCGGCAGCCGCCAGCCCCUGGACCCGGGCUACCUGCUGCCGGGCUUCGAGAGCUUCGAGCGCGUCUUCGCGCCCUACACGAGGUACUGCUCCGAGCAGACCAGGUGCCAGCAGUACUGCCGCGAUCGCUUCAACGACAACGACGUGUUCACGGCCUAUCUCGUGUGGUGCGAGACGCAAAAGGACUGCAAUCGGCUGCGACUGCUCGACAUCCUGGUGAAGCCCAUGCAACGCAUCACCAAGUACUCGCUGCUGCUCAAGGCCGUGCAGAAGCACACCGAGCUGGAGGAGCAGCGCCUGGAGCUCGGCCACAUGAUCCGGCUGGUGGACGGCUUCGUGGCGUCGGUGAACGCGGCGCUGCGCAGGUGCGAGGACGCCGCGCGACUGCUGGCCGCAGCGGCCCGCCUGGACAGCUACGAGGCCGUGGAGUCGCGCGACGAGGAGCUCGAGCGCCUCAUCAAGCUGCACAGCAGCCUCGACCUCAUCAACACGCCGAUGCCUGGCUGUCCCAGGGACGCGCUGCGCACCCUGAUGCGCGAGGGCGACUGCAAGCUCAAGGACGCCACGUCGAGCAAGACCGAGGUGCACCUGCUGCUGCUCACCGACAUGCUGCUCGUCUGCAAGCAGUCGGCCAAGAGCAAGGCCUCGUCGUCGUCCGCAGCCGCCGCCACCGCCACGGGCAGCUUGGGUGGUGGUGGUGGCGGCGGGCUCAAAGUCAUCAGGCAGCCCUACGUGGUCGAUCGCAUACGCAUGUACGAGCUCAAGGAGCCCUCCAAUCUCGGCAUGGUCUAUCUCAACGAGUACGGGACCGCCGCCGCGGCCCUCGUUCUCAGCGUCGGCGAGCCCAAAGUGGCAAAGCUAUGGAUGGAAUCGAUAAGGAAGGCGCAGCAGCAGUUGGCGCAGUACAGGCAACCCGCGACGACGAGCGGGACUGCUGCUGCUGCUGCCGGAGUAGCGGCCGGCAGCGGGUCAUCGGGAGCAGCUGGAGGCGAGACGAGAUCGACCCUCGUCAGCCGACAGCCGAGUACGUAUCUCGGCGAGGUCGACUACGACAUCGACGAGAUCUGCUGCGUCGCCGAGGGCGGACUGCCGUGUCGGACGCCGCGCGGCAGCAGUCGCGCCUCCAGAGUCAGCAGCCUCGCGCACAGUCACAGUGGCAGCGUGGAAAUGGAGGGCGCGUCGCCGAGCGGCAGCAAUUUCCUGCCGAGCUACAGCCAGAGCCGAAACGUCAGCGUCGAGAACCAGGAGCCACUGCCGCCGAGGGCGUCCAGCGUCUCGUCCGAGGAGGGCGUCGAGUCCGCGGCCGCGAACGCCCACGCGGCCGCCGUCGCGGCGCACAAUCAGCGACAGCAACAGAUUAGACGAUCGCUGCUGAGCAAGUCGCCGACGCCCAACACGCUGAGCGUCCAGGUACCCGCCUACUCGAGCCUGGGCCAGUCGCUGCCGAAUCUCACCCUGGCGACGUCGCCGCAGACAUCCACGGUGUCGCCGACGCCGCCGAGCUCGCUGCUCAUCGUGCCGCAAAUCACCAAGAGCAAGGACACCCUCCUGUCGCCCGGUCAUCGAGGUGAAUUUUCAUUUAAGAAAAAAGGUAUAUCGUAUCCGCCUCCGUCGCCACCCCGAGGCGCUCUGAGGCGAGCCUUCGCCAUUCCGCAGUCGAGGAAUCCGCCGCUCAUCAAGACUCGCCACGUCAAUGCGUCGGUCGGCAGCAGCGGAAGCAGCAUUCAGACGGUGCCGCUUCAGAUGACCAUCAGCCUGGACACGGAGUCGCUGGACGAGCGCCGCCGCGGCCGGCUCGAGCCCUCCCAGAGGAUGGCCUCGACCAGCAGCAUCGCCGAGGAAAAGAAAUAAAGGAGACCAUAGUUGCGGAGGCGACCGUAUCGUAUAAGCAUCGUACGACCUUUACUUUCUUCAUCAUUCCUCAGCGCGAUCGACAAGUCGUUUACAUUGUUAUAUUGUAUCAUAAUUUUUUUGCGGCUCAACGCAAUAGUCAAUGAAAAAAAAAAUUAUUGUUCGCAGGCGUUUGCGAUUCGCCUUUCAAAUUAGUCUCGCAAUGUACAUAGAUAAUAUAUUCGUUUGUCAAGCGAUUGCUGUACGAACGCAUGAUUAGAGCCAACUUUCUCAUAUUAUAACUCUCGUCUGACAUGUCUUACAUCUUUGUUUAUUUAGAAUUAUGCUGUAAACGCGCGAGCUCGAGGCGCAACAAGGAACAAUACUAUUUCACAACAGAUGGGGCCACUCGAAACAACGUGAACAUUUUUAAAACGAACUUAGAUGUAAUUAUAAACGAAAAGUAAAAAAUUUAAAUAAAUGUAUAUCUCAAUUAUCAACGACGAGUCACCGAAGGAAAGAAAAAAUCUUUUUUUUCUAUCAUGGUCAAGCUAUGUACCGAAAGCUCGUGUAAGCUUCGACGCGUAAAAUAAAAGUGUAAGAGACGACCACA